GUGCCUAGUUAAACAUAUCCUUCCUCUUAAACUUACAAGAAUGGCUCUUAUUGAGGGAGUUGGUGAUGAAGUCACAGUCUUAUUCGGAUUGGUUCUACUUUUUUUGGUAUUAAUGCUAGCAUGGGCUUCAACUCACACUGCUGACCGCAGUGAGCAGCUGUUCCAUUCCAGUGUAGCUUCUGUUGCCUCUCAGCGUAGAACAAGCAAUCGAACUACAUCUGGAGAAUCUUCACUUGAUUCAAACUUUGCAGAAACGGCGUCUGUCUCAACAGAAGCACAGGAUGUUAAGGAAGUUGGGAAGACAUCCCAAGGUGAGGAUGAAGAUAAAAAUGAAAGACCCACUGAAGUGGAUUCAGCAUCAGUAGAUGAAAAUCAACAACAUCAAGAGACAGGCACUGAGAACUCACAGACUGCUUCUGUCCACACAAGCACUGAUCAGCCUCAAAGCUCAAGUGCCAAUAAUGAGUCUUUAGAAGAUGAAUCAGUGCUAAGCCGUAAUAUGGUUCUUAGACUAAAAUUUUUAAAUGAUACAGAAAGAGUGGCCCAGGUGAAGCCAGGGGAUACCAUUGGAUACAUUAAAAGGACCUACUUUCCAGGACAGGAGCACCAAGUACGUCUAAUAUACCGAGGACAGCUUUUAAGAGAUGAUGCCCAAACACUGGCUGCUUUGAAUCUUGUGAAUAACUCUGUCUUGCACUGCCACAUCUCUCAGAAUGCCACACAGCAAAUGCCAGCAGGAGCCAUGGCUGCAGAGCAGGUCCAUGCUGCCCUCAAUGUGGGCAGCCUUAUGGUUCCUCUCUUUGUGCUUAUGCUCUCAGUUUUAUGGUAUUUUCAGAUUCAGUACCGGCAAUUAUUUACAGCUCCAGCCACUGCCUCACUUGUGGGCAUUACCUUCUUUUUUAGUUUUGUGGCUUUUGGAGUGUAUCGCCGGUAAAGCUAUAUUUAAUCUAUAUACUUGCACACCAGACUUUUUAUGGCAUUGCUACAUCGACUUCUAUCAGAGACUGCAUCCCAUGACCAGUUAGCCAGGGUAGCUUUUGCAUUUUUGGGAUGUAUUUUUGGGGUUGGCAAAUUUUAUUGUCUAAAUUAUGGAAAGUGUUGAACUGUUUUAACACAGUACUUUUUCUGCACCCGUCUGAAUAGGAGGCCCAUAAUUAUUGGCUUAUAAAAUCAUUCUUGAUCAAGUCAACUGCUCUUUUACCAGUGUAAGUCAAUACCAUUACCUUUUUUUUUUCUUUCUUUAUUCAAUUAAGGUACACCUUUGGAGAUGGGGAAACUCUGAGUGUGCAGAGAUAGCCAAUAACAACCAGAGUUUCAACAGGUUUUUUUUUUUUUUUCCCAGCAGCAUAGUUUUUAUAUAUCAUUCGUUUUUCCUGUUAAUAAAAAUAACAGAUGCUGAUGUCUCCUAGUGCAGCUUCUAAAGGAGAGAAAAAAAAUCAAAUUGAAUCAUUAUUUAUUUGUAACUUGUUUGAUUUUAUUUUAAAAUUCACAAAUUGUGUGAUGAUUAUUAAAUGCACAUGCAUUUAUAUUGUGGCAGAUUCUUGGAGAACGGGGCCACCUCAUUUGUAAUACAUGCCUUGUAGGCACGUAGUUAAUUCAAAAGAAGUGUCUUAAGGACUUAGUUACUUACUAACAGAGGUGACUUAAUAUUAAAAGGCAGUUCAGUUUAUCAUGGUAUAUAUUUCUUUCAUGUAAGCUAUUUCUUGCAUGCUGUUUUUUCUUUGAACAGUAUCCAAUUAAUUUUAGUUUCAUCUUAAAACUGUAUUUAUUAAUGUAUAAAAAAUCUUAAGUUUGAAAUUACUUAGCUUUACAGGUAAAUUAAGCACAACAAAGUAAUACAAUCUGUAUUUUCAGUCUUCAUUUUGUAUUGUGCCUUUCGUGGAAAGAUAUCACAGACACUUUACAAUGGUGUAGAUUGUUUUUACCAAUAUUCAUUUUGAUGCAUUAACAUUUUGUUUGUUAAUGUAUCAUUAUUAGACAGAUUCAUUUGAUGCAAACCAGUAUAUAUUAAAAAGUUCAUAAAAGUUG